CCAAAACAGCUCCACAAAGGAACCAGCUGCAAGACAUUUCCUUGAGCUGGCAAAUCAUGUCUGCUCUUGUUUUUGCAUAAAGACUCCCAGCGCGUAGAUGUUUCCUCCUUCCAUGUCAACCUUCCUUAUUAUUCUCUCUUGACUCCUGGGUCUCUGACUCUAAAUAUACAAAUCCUUUAUUUUUGAUUUCUUUAUCCAUACAAUUUUGGAGAUUGCCAACUUACGCCACAUUCGCCGCUUGUGUUUGCUUUUUACAGCUUCAUCGUCUGGGAUAGAACUCGUCCCAGGUGGCUUCCCGACUGAUUCAGUCAAUAUGUGGAUCCGACCUUGGUCAAUAACUUCCCUUCUUUUGGCCUGGAGCCUGUUUUCACAUCACGUUGAUGGAAUAGAUGUCCUGAAAAACAAUGGCUUCACAUCGUGCCUUGAUAACUCCGAGAUCAAUGUCGAAAAAAUCAACCUAGAGUUCGACCGCACUACCAAUGACUUCAUCUUCGAUGUUGCAGGGAGUAGUUCAAAGAUCCAAAAUGUGACGGCAGUGUUGCUCGUCGAGGCUUAUGGCCAGAAAAUCACUCAAAGUUUCAAUCCCUGUGAUGAGGCAACAAAAGUCGAUCAACUAUGCCCUGUUCCUGCGGGACGAUUUACGGCCAAAGGAAGUCAAAAAAUUCCUUCCAAGUUCGCAGAGAAAAUCCCAUCCAUUGCAUUUGCAAUUCCCGACCUCCAGGCACACGCGACCAUGCUCUUAAAAUCGAAUGACGGAGGUCAGACCCUUGCUUGUAUCAGUUCAACUGUAGGCAAUGGCAAAUCAUUAGAGGCACCCGCGGUAUCAUAUGCCGCAGCUGGAGUCGUAGGGGCUGCCUUGGUAUUGUCAGGCGCCGCAGCUUUGGUGGCAGGUGGGCAUCCCGGUGCUGCUACAUCAAGCCCGACAUUCGGUGAGGUUGUUGGGUGGUUUCAUUCGAUGGCAACCAACGGCAUGCUUAGCGUCAACUACCCGCCGAUUUACCGCAGCUUCACCAAAAACUUUGCGUUCAGCACCGGGCUGAUUCCUUGGAAACAAAUGCAGAUGUCGAUUGACGAUUUUAGAAAUAAGACCGGGGGCAAUCUGACAAACGACAAUGUCCAAUUCCUUGAAAAUGCCACGCUUAUAUUUGACGAAGGGUCUGGUACCUCGAGUAAUGCAAAACGUUCAUGGAAUUCCAUUUUCAAUUCUGCCGGUAUUGCGGUUCGGGAGAUAUCCACGUCGAUCAAUGAGACAUCCAAAGCAGGUGGCACUGAGGACGAGGGCGGCAUUAAUCAUGUUGUCAAGGGAAUCCAGGCAUACGUCGAAAUGCUCUCGGUUCCGAAAUCUAAUACCUUUAUGACAGUGCUGUUGAUAUUUGCUAUCGUCGUUGCGGCCAUUGCGGUUGGUAUAUUGCUCUUCAAGGUUAUUCUUGAGGUCUGGGCUAUGUUUGCAUCUUUUCCGAAGAAAUUAACGAACUUCCGGAAGGAUUACUGGGGAAUACUAGCGAGGACAAUCACCAAUUUGAUUCUCGUGUUGUACGGCAUCUUUACCCUCUACUGCGUUUUCCAAUUCACCCGAGGCGAUUCAUGGGCCGCCAAAGUCCUUGCAGGUGUCACCCUCGCCAUUUUUACCGGGAUUCUAGGAUAUUUUACGUUCAAGAUUUGGAGUGUGGCUCGAAAAUAUAAGAAAGUAGAAGGUAGUGCAGCUGCGCUAUACGAAGAUCGGGAAACAUGGCGGAAAUACAGUCUUUUCUACGACAACUACAGAAAGGGAUAUUGGUGGAUUUUCGUCCCCACCAUCGUCUACAUGCUUGCAAGAGGUUGCAUCAUUGCUGGGGGCGAUGGCCAUGGACUCGUCCAGACGGCUGGCCAACUUAUCGUCGAGGCAAUCAUGUUCAUCCUCCUCCUGUGGUCGAGACCCUACGAAGCAAAGUCAGGCCAAUGGAUCAAUAUAUCCAUUCAAGUGGUCCGUGUCCUCUCUGUUGCAUGCAUUCUAGUCUUCGUUCAGGAGCUGGGGCUGUCAACGACAACGCAAACAGUCACUGGUGUCGUUCUGAUUGCAGUUCAAUCAGCACUGACUGGCAUCCUUGCCAUUUUGAUCGUUGUCAAUGCCAUAAUACUUCUGUUCAAGAAGAACCCACAUUCCGCGAGGAGGCGGAAAGACCCUGAAACCAUGGAUCGAGACCUAGAUAACCUCACUCCCCUAGACGCUCGAAAUUCCCUUCUAGAAACCGUUCCCCCGCACUACUCUUCUUGGAGAGGCUCAACGGGCUACUACAACCGCACCUCCCCUUACGAUCCUUACAUGGGUUCAUCCACUAGCGAAAAAUCUCACCACAUGUAUACAAACAGCACCGACCAUUUAAUCCCAGCAAAUGCGGACAACAUAAACCAUAUGAAUAUGAGGGACCCAUCACCCGAACGACAAUUUUCGAGGCCUAUGAUCGGACAGGCGUACUAGAAAAGAACAUGUCCAAACUCGGGCCAUUACCUCUCAAAAAAUCUCCAGACCUAGACCACACACAUACAUCACCGCCACAAAUCGGUUUUCUUUUCAUUUUCCUCAUUGUUUUAAUAAUGUUUAUGCUAUACUACAUAUACUACAUUUCCUCUUUCCUUCUCGCUUUCGGCCCCGAUCGUUCUCCCUAUUAGCGAUUUUCACAGUCUCUGGUUCAAGCCAUAUAUAUAUAUAUAUA